UGAAGUGAUGUUAGUGUUUUACUUAACUUCAGAACAGGAUACACAAUGUUAAUCCAAUCCACUGUAUGUUGUCUAUUUUGUCUGAGGUCUAGAAUCAGGUCACUCAAGGGCAAGCAAGUAGUUUAACCAGAAUCAUAGUAUUUUCCCUUUACAGCAGCCUGUCUUUCAACCAAUCAAGUGCCUGAGGGAGCAGAGGUAAAAUGGCAAAGUGGCUCAAAGACUAUCUGAGUUUUGGGAGCAGGAGGAUGCCUCCUCAGCCACCCAAACCAGACUACACAGAGAGUGAGAUACUGAAAGCCUAUCGGGCUCAGAAGAACCUAGACUUUGAGGACCCAUACGAGGACUCUGAGAACCGGGCCAGAAACGACUCUGUGUCCUCGGACUCCUCCUACCCUGCCUUUGGUUCUCCUCUGAAGUCCGGCAGUGUGGAUAUGAAGGUUGUAUCUCCCAAACAUCGCCUCAUCAAAGUGGACUCACAGGACCUGGGGCGAACUAAGAUCUUACUGAGUGCCGUCUCCCUAGAAGAAAAAGAGCCUGUGAGUCAUUUUCUGUUUUUUACAUUAACAUUCAUUACCAUUACAAAGACCUCUCUGCUUAUUGAUUAAGCCCAUAAGCAAGUGACUGGUAAUGUGAGUCAGAAGUAUGCAAUGUUUCAAUACAUCACGCCAUGUUUGAAGUGGCCGAUAAAUUGGCUGGCCUGGAUGGCUCAUUGGAAGGAAUUGAUGGGCUGGAUGGCUCAUUGAGUGGGGUGUCACAGUCCCCUGAAUUUAUGUCCAGACAUAAAUAAUAAAUGGUGUUUGGUUUAGCAAGCAGAGAGAGAUCCCCAUGUGAACACAUGGUGAGGAAAGACAUACAGGCUGCAUAGACCCACCCUGGAUGAGUACAGUAUGUGUUGGCAGGAGAACACACAGUCACAGCUGCAAGGGUCAGGGAUGCUCAGAAUUUCAUAGAGCGAGAGACGGAGAGAAAGAGAGUAAGAGAGUGUCUGCCUAUAGAGGCAUGGAAUGCACAUUGAUUCAGUUAACAAAUCAGCUCACACAUCAUCACUAAGGUAGUGAGUGGAUUGAGAGAUAGCCUUCUCACAGCUGCAUUCAAAUCCAUCUAUUUUUUAAAAUUUGAAACGCCACAAGUGCACAGCUCCUAAAGUGCAUUGAAGGUCAAAGGGAAGGUAGAGUCGAUACAGACUCUCUGUAUGCUUGCUCUGGCUGCGCUCAUUAAUGUCUGUGUGGAAUUCUGGUGUGUGAGAACAUCCAACCCCUCAAUAACAUUGCAAUUUCAGUCCUGGGUGUUCGAUAAGAGCAAUUCCACAGUAACAAUGAUGCCAAAACGCAGCUUUUUCACUUAAAAAUGUAUGUCAAACAAAACCAAUGAUUGCAAAGUUAAACAAACCACGCAACUCUAUCUACAAGGACUACUUUUAACAAUUUCCGCAGAAAAUUUUACAAAAACACAGUUACUUGAAGAACAGUGCAGAUGCAAAGUUUGGUAACAGAAUGACGGUUUGUGCUGUUUGUGUAUAUGUACAGUGCAUUCGGAAAGUGUUCAGACCGCUUGACUUUUUCCACACUUUGUUACGUUACAGCUUUAUUCUAAAAUGGAUUAAAUCGAUUUUUUCCCCCUUAUCAAUCUACAUACAAUAACCCAUAAUGACUAAGCAAAAACAGGUUUUUAGACAUGUUUGCACAUUUAUAUAAAAAAACGGAAAUAUUACAUUUACAUAAGUAUUCAGACCCUUUAAUCAGUACUUUGUUGGAGCAGCUUUGGCAGCAAUUACAGCCUCGAUUCUUCUUGGGUAUGACGCUACAAGCUUGGCGCACCUGUAUUUGGGGAGUUUCUCCCAUUCUUCUCUGCAGAUCCUCUCAAGCUCUGGCAGGUUGGAUGGGGAGCGUCACUGCACAGCUAUUUUCAGGUCUCUCCAGAGAUGUUCGAUCGGGUUCAAGUCCGAGCUCUGGCUGGGCCACUCAAGGACAUUAAGAGACAUGUCCUGAAGCCACUCCUGCAUUGUAUUGGCUGUGUGCUUAGGGUCGUUGUCCUGCUGGAAGGUGAACCUUCGCCACAGUCUGAGGUCCUGAGUGCAAUCUUGGUUUCAUCAGACCAGAGAAUCUUGUUUCUCAUGUUCUGAGAGUCUUUAGGUGCCUUUUGGCAAACUCCAAGCGGGCUGUCAUGUGCCUUUUACUGAGGAGUGGCUUCUGUCUGGCCACUCUACCAUAAAUGCCUGAUUGGUGGAGUGCUGCAUCAAUGGUGGUCUUUCUGGAAGGUUCUCCUAUCUCCACAGAGGAACUCUGGAGCUCUUUCAGAGUGAUCAUCGGGUUCUUGGUCACCUCCCUGACCAAGGCCCUUCUGCCCAGAUUGCUCAGUUUGGCUGGGCAGCCAGCUCUAGGAAGAGUCUUGGUGUUUCCGAACUUCUUCCAUUUAAGAAUGAUGGAGGCCACUGUGUUCUUGGGGACCUUAAACGCUGCAGAAUUUUUUUUGUACCCUUCCCCAGAUCUGUGCCUCGACACAAUCCUGUCUCUGAGCUUUACGGACAAUUCCUUCGACCUCAUGGCUUGGUUUUUGCUCUGACAUGCACUGUCAACUGUGGGACCUUAUAUAGACAGGUGUGUGCCUUUUCCAAAUCAUGUCCAAUCAAUUGAAUUUACCACAGGUGGACUCCAAUCAAGUUGUAGAAACAUCUCAAGGAUGAUAAAUGGUAACAGGAUGCACCUGAGCUCAAUUUUGAGUCUCAUAGCAAAGGGUCUGAAUACUUAUGUAAAUAAGGUAUUUCUAAAAACCUGUUUUGGCUUUGUCAUUAUGGGGUAUUGUGUGCAGAUUGAUGAGGAAAACAAUUUAUUUAAUCCAUUUUAGAAUAAGGCUGUAACGUAACAACAUUUGGAAAAAGUCAAGGGGUCUGAAUACUUUCUGAAUGCACUGUAUGAGUGAUACAUUGUAAUGUACUGUGUCUGUUAUACCCCAGGUGGUUCCGUCAGCCCCAGCAGUAGGAGAUACAGAUUACUCUGAUCCGUUUGAUGUUCACCCAAACCCCCGUCCAGAGCCUGAUCUGGGACCUGUGCCCUGCGAGAACAACGGCUACAUGGAGCCUUACGAGGCCCAACGCGUCAUCACAGGUGAGUCUGUUAGUAGGCUUUGGUUUUUGGAUGAAUCAAGUAUUUCUCAUUGUCCCAAUUUGUCACAGGAAAGGUAGGCUAAUUACAACUGAAGGAAUAUAUUCUCUGUUCAUGGCAUUUUUGUUCAUAUAUCUCUCGCUGUCUUUUAGCCUGUUACCAGAUCUGUUUGUGGUUUAGCCAACUCCUCUGACUUUGGUUAUCAUGCCUUAGAUAGGAGAGUUGGCUAGAGCCUAGAGUACAAACAGAUCUGCCGACGAGGCCACUUCACCCUCCAUUGCGGGAGCGAGACUUUUCCCCAGUCAGAUUGUCCUCAGUCUGACUCACAACCUUACAAAUGUCUCUAUCCUACUAUGCCCUUUCCCUCGCGCUCAUCCUCCAUCCCUUGGUUCAGAUCUAUCGUUUCUCAUUUUGCCUUUCUGUAGUAACAACUAACUUUCCCAAACCACUGUCUGUCAGACCCAUGUAGUGAAACGUCUCUAUCACUAGAGUGGGGGAUGGAUUCUCCCCUAGCUGCUCUCAGGAGUCUGGGUAGCUUUUCAAUCCGUCUGAGAGUCAGUGUGUGUGAGUGUGUUUGACUGUUGUCUUUGCUGGCUUCAUUCAGGUCAGAAGCAGUUCAUAGUCACAGGGUUAGGACAAAGGGUCUCUUAGUCUUUAAGCUUGUUAAAUACACAAUGGAGCCUAAGCCAAUGAGCCAGUCAACCCAGGACUGAGUUGCUGUGGUACAGUUGAAGUCGGAAGUUUACAUACACCUUAGCCGAAUACAUUUAAACUCAGUUUUUCACAAUUCCUGACAUUUAAACCUAGGAAAAAUUCAUUGUCUUAGGUCAGUUAGGAUCACCACUUUAUUUGAAGAAUGUGAAAUGUCAGAAUAAUAGUAGAGGGCAUUAUUUAUUUCAGCUUUUAUUCCUUUCAUCACAUUUCCAGUGGGUGAGAAGUUUACAUACACUCAAUUAGUAUUUGGUAGCAUUGCCUUUACAUUGUUUAACUUGGGUCAAACGUUUCGGGUAGCCUUCCACAAACUUCCCACAAUAAGUUGGGUGAAUUUUGGCCCAUUCCUCCUGACAGAGAUGGUGUAACUGAGCUGGUGUAACUGAGGUUUGUAGGCCAUGCUUUUUCAAUUCUGCCUACACAUUUUCUAUAGGAUUGAGGUCAGGGCUUUGUGAUGGCCACUCCAAUACCUUGACUUUGUUGUCCUUAAGCCAUUUUGCCACAACUUUGGAAGUAUGCUUGGGGUCAUUGUCCAUUUGGAAGACCCAUUUGCGACCAAGCUUUAACUUCCUGACUGAUAUCUUGAGAUGUUGCUUCGAUAUAUCCACAUAAUUUUCCUUCCUCACAAUGCCAACUAUUUUGUGAAGUGCACCAGUCCCUCCUGCAGCAAAGCACCUCCACAGCAUGAUGCUGCCACCCCCGUGCUUCACGGUUGGGAUGGUGUUCUUUGGCUUGCAAGCCACCCCCUUUUUCCUCCAAACAUAACGAUGGUCAUUAUGGGCAAACAGUUCUAUUUUUGUUUCAUCAGACCAGAGGACAUUUCUCCAAAAAGUAUGAUAUUUGUCCCCAUGUGCUGUUGCAAACCGUAGUCUGGCUUUUUUAUGGCGGUUUUGGAGUAUUGGCUUCUUCCUUGCUGAGCGGCCUUUCAGGUUAUGUCGAUAUGUGUCAUGCACAAAGUAGACCAACUUGCCAAAACUAUAGUUUGUUAACAAGACAUUUGUGGAGUGGUUGAAAAACGAGUUUUAAUGACUCCAACCUAAGUGUAUGUAAACUUCCGACUUCAACUGUAUGUCAGUUGGCGCUCAUUAAAAAACAUGGUGGAACAGGGAAAGCCAGGUGUGACACUGAAUAUCGCUCUGAUUCUCAAGUAGAACAGCUAUUAUCCCCCCUAGAGACAGAUUAUCAACUGACCUUAAAUGGCUUUUUUGCUUUUAGGUGUUCUGUUUUUUUCAGAGACCCGUAUUUUAUUUUAUUUUAUUGUGUGUUUUUGGCAGAUGUCGUCCCCAAGGUAUCUUAAAUGUGGUUCUGUCACGUUUUUGAAAGUUUAGUUGGGGAGAAUAAAGGCAGAACUCAGUUUCGACUGUCUUUCACCCGCUGGUCUGUCAUACAUUUGCAUACCGUAAUAGAUUCCUGAUUCCCUUCAAGAUACGUUCUUUGAAUUCUCUCUCCCUUCAUGUUCCCAUCCAUUUCUCAUUCCCACCCUGCCUAUUUUCAUCUCCCUCCCCUAAUCUCCUCCAUCUCCUCUCUGCUCCCCGACACUCCAUGCUCCCUGCACAGGUACAGCAGCAUGCCACAAUACCGAGCCUGCCUCUAUCUCAAUGAUUUAACACCAACCAGCCCUCCCCUCCCUUCCUCACCUUCUCCUCCUCCUCCCACCUCAGGGUCUGUCCGCAGGGCCCCCUCUGUCGCCAUGGAUACGGCAGGGGCGCCCAAUAGCAGUGUUUAGUCUGAAGGUUAAAGUUAGCCUGUUCUGCUUUUCACCAGCCAACCCUCCCAUUAAGCUCCAGCACUCUUUCCCUCUCACAUCACUGCACCUCCAUAGACAGGCUGAUGGUGGAGACAAAAGAUCCUUCCACUUUCCUUACACCCAAUAUUGCCUGGUUUUUUAAGCCUUGAGCUUCACACAUCAAUGAGAUACGGUAGUUGUUUCAGAAGUCUGUCUUCAGGCGUUUUGUUAUUUAAAUAAUCUAUGGCUUCUCAGCUAAAAGUCACACGUAACUCUCUGAAGGUUGGAGGUGUUGGGAAAUUGUUUUAUAUAACAUGCUCCAUGCUGAGAAACCAGAUGAAAAUGCUAAUGAGACUGGCUGUUGUGAGAUUCAGUAACUAGAUUGCUGCUGUAACUGUGAAGAGAAGGGCUGUUCUUCUGCUUUUACAACUCCGGGUCUAACCCAGAGCUUAGUUAAGCCUCUCCAUAUGAUGCGUUGGGCCGUCAGCAAGCUGUGCAAACAUAAUUUGUUUCCCACCCUCAAAUUCAACUCAUGUUGUUUUUGCUCAACAGGCAUUUUAUAUAAUUUGCUGUGACAGAUGCAAUUGACCUCCUGUUGUAGGAAUCUUGUGUUUUCUAACCAAAAUUACAGUUUGUUUUCUGUUUCUGUAUUUUCUUCUAAAUUAUUAACUGCUAGUUCAUAAAUCCUUCAUGCCAGAGUCUGACUUUGAAAUGAUGUGUGCGUGUGUGUUCUCUCUUUGAAAAACAAAUGGAAUAGUCGCACGCUAUUCAUUGAAAUUAGUCAAAUGUUUGUGUUCUCUCUAACAGAGUUGCAGCGCGGUCCCGGGGUGGGUCGGACACGAGGUGAGGUGCAGCUCUAUGACACCCCCUAUGAGGAUGAGCGGGGGCGGCCGCUAGGGGUGGGGUUGGGGUACGGAGACCCCCUGGAGGAGGGCAGGGAGAGCCGGCUGCCGCAGGAUGACGAGCGGCCAGCAGACGAGUACGACCAGCCCUGGGAGUGGAAAAAAGAGAACAUCUCUAAAGCCUUCGCAGGUACUGACCUACUGACUGACCUCAGUCUCAUCCUCAGCAACCUGAGUAGCUAUCUCACACUGUCACUAUUACACUCAUUAGGUUUCGACUGUUCGAGUUCUAUUUUUAUAACACAAGGGCAAGGCCUGCACUGUAAAAAAAAAAAAAGCACAUUUUUCUAUAUGCCAACAGUGCACAACAAGAGGCAUUUUUUUAUGCCCACCGUUCCUCCGUUUUUUAUAGGCAUUUAUUUCUGUAGGCUUAACGGGAGCUUGUGUGCGAACUCAGCAUGCGUGUGUAGAGGGAGCGGUUGGAACGUAAUUGAGUGAUGCUUGCCGUGUUUUUUUGUGCCCCUUAAAUGCACAUGUACAAAUGGAACACUAGAGUCAAAGCAAAUUGACAUUGUCUUCAAGACAAAAAAAAAAUUAAUUCCCAGGACAAGCCACAAAGCACAAAAUUGGAUCUCUGGUUAAAGACAGUUUUGACGUCCGUUCGAGUACUCGAUUACUCACCCCUAACACUCACAACCACCCUUUCACACUCAAUGACCAAUCUUUCACUUUUUACUCUCACCGUACUAAACACACACUUUGAAUGACCACUUUCACACUCUCAGUCCAUUGCACACACACAUUGAAUGAUCACAUUCAUGACUACUUGCCAAUUGAACACGAGACUGGAUGAUAAGUGUGACUUUGUGCUGUGUGUGUUAAUGAAUUUUCUAUCUGUAUCCGACACACAUACACUGAGUAUACAAAACAUUAAGAACACCUGCUUUUUCCAUGAUAUAGACUGACCAGGUGAUUCCAGGUGAAAGCUAUGAUCCCUUAUUGAUGUCACUUGUUAAAUCCACUUCAAUCAGUGUAGAUGAAGGGGAGGAGACCGGUUUAAACCAUCUACAGUCUAAGCCCUGUCUAAGCCGGGGGGUGGGUUCUACUAAGCUAUAUGGAAUUGUUUUAAGAAGGUCAUACCAAGGAUCAUUUAGCUAUUUGAUUUUGAAUUUUAAGACCCCUUGAAGUAUCCAAAAAAAUAUUUAAAAAAUAUUGAUGAAAAUAUAAUUUGGCCUUCCUGCUAUUAGCCCAUAUAAACGCAUUGAAUAACAGAUUCACUAUAUGGAACAACAGAUAGUCCCCCCCAAAAAAAUCUAAAGGAAGUUUGUUCUGAGGUGUCUGUCCUAUAUCUGAGAGAUAAGGAAACAUUUAUUUUAUUUUGUUUUUUUAGAUUUUAGUCAUUUUAGCAGACGCUCUUAUCCAGAGUGCAUACAUUAUUUUUUAAAUUUAUUUUUCAUACUGGCCCCCCGUUGGAAUUGAACCACAACCCUGGCGUUGCAAACGCCAUGCUCUACCAACUGAGCUACAUCCUUGCCGGCCAUUCCCGCCCCAUGGGUCUCCCCGUCGCGGCCGGCUACGACAGAGCCUGGAUUCGAACCAGGAUCUCUAGUGGCACAGCUAGCACUGCAAUGCAGUGCCUUAGACCACUGCGCCACUCGGGAGGUUUGUAUUUAACUCCUUAUUUUUGGCACUAAACAGUCUCCAUAUAUACAGUGCAUUCGGAAAGUAUUCAGACCCCUUUAAUUUUUCCACAUUUUGUUAUGUUACAGCCUUUUUCUCAAAUUGAUUAAAUUCCUUUUUCCCCUCAUCAAUCUACCCACAACACCACAUAAUGACAAAGCAAAAACAGGUUUCUAGACAUUUAAAAAAAAAUCUGAAAUAUCACUUUUACAUAAGUAUUCAGACCCUUUACUCAGUACUUUGUUGAAGCACCUUUGGCAGCAAUUACAGCCUCGAUUCUUCUUGGGUAUGACGCUACAAGCUUGGCACACCUGUAUUUGGGGAGUUUCUCCCAUUCUUCUCUGCAGAUCCUCUCAAGCUCUGUCAGGUUGGAUGGGGAGCGUCGCUGCACAGCUAUUUUCAGGUCUCUCCAGAGAUGUUCGAUCGGGUUCGAGCCCGGGCUCUGGCUGGGCCACUCAAGGAUAUUCAGAGACUUGUCCCGAAGCCACUCCUGCGUUGUCUUGGCUGUGUGCUUAGGGUCGUUGUCCUGUUGGAAGGUGAACCUUCGCCACAGUCUGAGGUCCUGAGUGCUCUGGAGCAGGUUUUCAUCAAGGAUCUCUCUGUACUUUGCUCCGUUCAUCUUUCCCUCGAUCCUGACUAGUCUCCCAGUCCCUGCCGCUGAAAAACAUACCCACAGCAUGAUGCUGCCACCACCAUGCUUUACCGUAGGGAUGGUGCCAGGUUUUCCUGCAGACGUGACCCUUGGCAUUCAGGCCAAAGUGUUCAAUCUUGGUUUCAUCAGACCAGAGAAUCUUGUUUCUCAUGGUCUGAGUCCUUUAGGUGCCUUUUUUGCUAACUCCAAGCGGGCUGUCAUGUGCCUUUUACUGAGGAGUGGCUUCCGUCUGGCCACUGUACCAUAAAGGCCUGAUUGGUGGAGUGCUGCAGAGAUGGUUGUCCUUCUGGAAGGUUCUCCCAUCUCCACAGAGGAACUCUGGAGCUCUUUCAGAGUGACAAUCAGGUUCUUGGUCACCUCCUUGACCAAGACCCUUCUUCCACAAUUGCUCAGUUUGGCCGGACGGCCAGCUCAAGGAAGAAUCUAUGUGGUUCCAAAUGUCUUCCAUUUAAGAAUGAUGGAGGCUACUGUGUUCUUGGGGACCUUCAAUGAUGCAGAUUUUUUUUUUAGUACCCUUCCCCAGAUAUGUGCCUCGACACAAUCCUGUCUCGGAGCUCUACGGACAAUUCCUUCGACCUCAUGGCUUGGUUUUUGCUCUGACAUGCACUGUCAACUGUGGGACCUUAUAUAGACAGGUGUGUGCCUUUCCAAAUAAUGUCCAAUCAAUUGAAUUUACCACAGGUGGACUCCAAUCAAGUUGUAGAAACAUCUCAAGGAUGAUCAAUGGAAACAGGAUGCACUUGAACUCAAUUUUGAGUCUCAUAGCAAAGGGUCUGAAUACUUAUGUAAUAAAGUAUUAAAGGUCUGAAUACUUUAUUUGUAAUACAUUUGCAAACAUUUAUAGGAACCUGUUUUCGCUUUGUCAUUAUGGGGUAUUGUGUGUAGAUUGAUGAGGGGAAAAAAAUAAUUUAAUCAAUUUUAGAAUAAGGCUGUAAUGUAACAACAUGUGGAAAAAUAGAACGGGUCUGAAUACUUUCUGAAUGCACUGUACUUCCAUUCAUUUUUUCAACUGGUACUGGGGGACCUUCAGACGAGUCUUGUGAGGCCUGUGGGCAUCCUAGAGCAAAACAACUGACGUGUUCGUGAGAGUCUCACUUUUCCACAGAGGGGUCAUAUUAGUGUGUAGCCAAACUGUUCAGACGGUACAGACAGAAGUUGGCAGAUCGGCUGUACCGACUUCAGACGAGUCACAAGAUGCUUGUGGGGUUCGUAGAGAAAAACAGAGAACACCAUCGUGUUCGUGAGCGUCUCAUAUUUCCAUAGAGGGGGUCAUAAACUGUUUGGACGCUACAGAUGAUUUUGUGAGAAGACGGAUUUUCGGGACGUUUCAUGAUCUGACAAACACCGCUCUAUCUCUGUCACCUUUCACCGCAGAUGCGGAAGUGCGGCAUCGGUGGAUGCAGUGGAUUGAGAUGCAUCCAAUGCAAAAAACAACAACCAGAUAUCUCUAGCUAAAACUGACUGAUUUCUAUGGGAUUUUUUUAUUAUUAUGCUAAUUUAAUUUCCGCGGGGCCUCGGAAAUCAACUCUAGGGGUGUGUUAAAGAAGGAUUUUUAAGCCUCGACAAUUGAGACAUGGAUUGUGUAUGUAUGCUCAGAGAGUGAAUGGGCAAGACAAAAUACUUAAGUGCCUUUUGAAAUGGGGUAUGGUAGGUGUGGUAGUAGGUGUCAAGAACUGCAUUGAUGCGGGGGGUUUUCACGCUCAACAGUUUCCAGUGUGUAUCAAGAAUGGUCCACCACCCAAAGGACAUCCAGCCAACUUGAAACAACGGUGGGAAGCUUUGGAGUCAACAUGGGCCAGUAUCCUUCUGGAAUGCUUUCAACACCUUGUAGAGUCCAUGAAUUGAGGCUGUUCUGAGGGCAAAAAGGGUUCCUAAUGUUUGGAAUACUCAGUGUACAUCUUAACAAUAUGAGGGGUUUUUAUAUUGUGAGGCCCUGUCUCCGUUUCUGGUAUGCGUGUUGGAGGUGUGGGUGUUUGUGUGUGAGAUUGACAGACUGGCGGUGGGCAGUAGAUCAGUUACGAUACGGCAGGGCAAGCCUACUUAAUUGAGCUGCAUCUCAGUCAGGAGGUCAAGGUGACAGGAGAAUAAAUCAACACGCUUGCGUUCACGCUCCUCCUUCUCCUCCCCCUCUCUUCUCAGUUAAUUACAUGCUCACGUGUGCAUGACUGGUCCAGUGCUAAUAAGCAGGUGGUCAGCAGAACCGCUACAGCAGCACACGACACACAGACAGACACACAGACACAAACACACAGAACAUGUUCAAAUCACGUUACCUCGCAGGCAUUAAAUAGACAACGUAGCGUUGACGGAGAGGAUUACUUCCAUUGGGUGAGCGAUCCUCUCAGAAGAUUUAAGGGCUAAAACCCAGAUCUCGUGGACAGGAUCUAUUACAACCCCAACGGUACCAGAUGGGAAAAAACCUUCACUCAUGAUUUUAUGGCACCUGUUUUUCUACCUGCAGUCAGUCAGCUGCCAGCGCCCCGGCCUGUGUGAACAGAUUGGGGGGUUGGAGUGAAAAACAGAAACACUAUAGUAUUUUCCAUUUUCACAUUUUAUCCAUAAUCCCAGUCAGAUGUCGGGCGUUACUAGGCAGGGUUGGUGUGGCAGCACUGAGGGGUAGUUGAAGAGCUGUAGAGAGGGAGGGAGAGAGAGAGGGGGGACGUCCAAGGUUAUGUCAGAUUUGAUGUGAGCUGUGGAUGUUUGUGGAGCCCCAGCGACUCCAAAGGAAGGGGACAGAAGAUAAUUAAUGACAUUGGCUGUGGAGGAGCAGGGAGGGGGUGAGGUGAGGGUGAGGUUGAGGAUGGGGGAGUCGAAUCCAUUGUGGCAGGGAGCAAUCAGUCACGCGUGGAGCUGACACCCUCUACUUCACUGUGGCCUCCCCUCCCCCAGUGGUAACAGGACUGUCCCUGCUGUUCUCCCUCCCUGGCGAGGUGGAACACAGCCUGAUAACCCACAAUCUGCCAGCAGUGCCUCAGCUCUCACCUCAUCACCGCACGCACGCAUGA